AACCGACGACGAGUUCAUCCAGCCAACGAGAUGCGUGACAAGAGCCAGGAGCCAUGUUGCCUGCCCCUGAAGGAGGAGUUCCAACGCUCCAAGUUCUCUCUGCAUCACGAUGAUCCUGGCGUCUUCUGUCGCUCGCAAUGGCAGAAGGGCGAUCGGAAUAUCAUCUGGCUGCUAUACAGAUGGAUCCUGGCUGCUUUCUUCGCAGCCGGUGUGAUCGGCAGCAUGGUUCAGACCUUCAACGGUGGUCGCUGGUUCAUUUAUCUCACGGAUUGGGGUUUUUCCCUGUGCUUUUAUUGCUGCACCUAUGGCGCCAUAAUCGCCACCAUCUACUUCAUAAAGCCCUCCUAUUUCGCUCCUGGCAGUUGGGCUCUGAAGAUCUACUGGAUAUCCCACUACACCACUGUAGUCCUAGCCAUGCUGAUCACCCUGGUCUUCUGGGCCGCCCUUUAUCCUUCCAUGCCAGGAAUGGGUGCUGAGCUGUACAACUUGUGGGCCCAUGCGUUUAACUCCAUUUGCCUGAUCUUCGAUUGCUUUAUGGUGGCCUUCCCCACCAGAAUUAUGCACUUUGUGUAUCCCUUUACGGCUGGCAUUACCUAUGGAGUGUUCUCCUUGAUCUACUUCUGGGCUGGCGGCAUAGAUCCAAUGGGAAAUCGCUUCAUCUACUUCAUCUUGGACUGGGAGCGACCAGGUCUGGCCAUUGGCACUGUAUGUGGAAGUGUGGUUCUGGUCAGCUGCUUUUGUGUGUUGGUCUUUGGUUUCUACAGAUUACGUAUCUCUAUUUACGAAUCGUGCAGCAAGAAGCCUGAUGAAAUUCCAGCCACUACUGCUCCGCCCAAAGAACCAGCACAAACUGUUUGAGUCUAGUUAUAAUGUUUUUAGUUGGUUUCCAAAGAGGAAGGCUGUGUACUUAUAAAAGGCGAUUACAUUUUU